CACAGAUUAAUGUUCGAUUAUCGAUUAUAACCGGGAACAAAACCCACAGGGAGGUUCGUCUGGAGACAUGAGAGCACCGAGAGUCAGCAGCCCGAAGAGAAGAAGCUGAACAGCGACACGGCUCCGGAUAUCUGACGUUCGUCUCCUCGUGUGGCCUCAGCAGCAUCAUGGUGGACGUUGCCGUGGCGAGCGGAGCUGCUUGGGUCUGUCCCGCUCAGGGACGACACUUGGCCGACGUCCUGCUUCCCGUUCUCGUCGGUAACAAAGACGAUGAUGAAGGAGAGCUCGGGCAGUCGGAGGGAGACGAGACAAACGGCGGCGGCCCGGUUCUGUUGGAGCAGACGGAGGAAGGUUCUCCUUGUGUGCUGACGCUCCAGUGCAGCCCGUCCUCUCACACCGCCAUCAGCCGCCUGCUGGUCAUCAGUGAGGCUCGGACCAUGGAGGUGUACAGCCAGAUGGGAGAAUACUGCGGGACGGUACGCGGCGAGAGAGACGACCGCGUCCAGCCAGAGAGUUCUGACAGAGGGCCCGUCUACAGGAAGCAGCUGCUCCUCGAGCGUCCGUCCUCAGCCUGUGAGGUGAAGCUGCUCUCGCUGGCCGGUAGAAGCAGCGUUCUGGUGUGUCGAUUGGUCGUUGGCCUUCAGCAGCUGCAGCCCUGCCUGGCCCGCGGGCCUGGCAUCGACAUGCAGCAGGUGCAGUGUCUGGUUGAGGAGAUGGGAACGAGCCUCUCGCCGGGAGCCCAGAACCUCAUGGACAUGGUGCACUUCCAGCAGAAGAACCAGACCGGCUCUCUGGGCGGCUUCCUGCCUCUCCUGAUGGGCAGUGGAGCUCUGUCUGCUCUGGCUCAAGGAGCGAUGAUGUCCCCAGCAGCCUUCAGUCGCCAGCCCCAGCCUGCAGACUCCAGGCCUCAAUUCGGCUCCAUCACGCCUGCAGAUGAAGCUCCACCGGCUCAGAACGGAGCGAUGUCAAACGGCUCUGCCUCGUCCUCCCCGGACCCGCCGCUUUCUGGGGUCAACCCUGAAAAUAUAACGAGCAGUGAGAGCAGAGGCCCGGUGAGCCACGCCCAGCUGGCGGAGAUGAUGUCCCGCUUCCUGAACGGCGGGCAGGGAAACGACCAAUCUCUGAGCUCCGGCCCCGAGUUUCUGCCCAUGCUGCAGAGCGUCUGCGGUCAGGUGACGAAGCUGAGGCUGGACGACGCCACGGCGCUGGCGGAGAAUGAGAAGAAGAUGAGAAACGGCACAUGGGAACUGGACUCGGCCAUGGAGCGUCGUCUGGAGGAGAUGGAGAGGCGGCUGAAGGAGCACGUGGACCGUCGCCUGGACGCUCUGGAGCAGAAGCUGGAGAAGGCCCUCCUGAGCGCACUGCCGCAGUUCGCCCUCAACCAGGGAGUCACGAGCAGCUCGGCGGGAGACGCUGCAUCCACGGGACUGUCGGAGCAGACCGCCCCGACACCGGCCAUCCACUGAUGAGUUCAGAACCACUAAGAGACUAACAUAACAUGUAACCUGGAUGCUGGUGUCAGAGGGAGGCAGAGCAGGAUGAAAUGUGGACAGAAAGAAUCAGAUAAAACAUAAAUUGCUGUGACAGGCGCAGCCCCUGUAACGGUUUGUUGAUCUUUUAUCUCUGGAAAAAUAGCAAAUGAAUGCGACACGGCGUGAGUCCUGCAGAAAUAUAUCACAAGUAUCCUGACGUACAUCAUGAAGUGUUUUUAAAACGAGCUCUGAAGAUCUGAUCCAGGUUAUCGUUGGCAGGUUUUAACAUGAUGAUAAUUCACACGCAGCACCAGCAGGAUGUUUGUCAUUUAUCCACGUUAAAAUAUGCACUUAAGCAUCCCGACCAACAGUUACUCACACUGCGUACUGUAACUGAUCUGCUCUUUGUGUUUUGCUCAGUCGCACCAUGACUGUUGGAGACACACACUCCUGUCAGAGGAGUGUGUGUGGAAGGUGUAGCUGAUGGAAAAGUGUUUUAAUCUGACGCUGUAAUGUUUUAAAUGUCUGUAACAUAAAACUGAUGUAAACUAUUAAAAGGACUGUGUAUGACUUGUUGAUGGUUUUAAAUAACUGUGCUGACAUAAAUAUUAAUAAAAAUAUAUUUAUAC